UGAGCCGUCUCCUUUAAGACCAGGCUUCUAACCUUAUAUCCCGCGCCGGAAGCAGAGCGGCGCGUUAAUUUCAGCUUCUCGGAGUGGGGCAUCAGCAGCUGUUUCCACCCCCGCUCGUGCAGGGGCGGCUGGAGUUCUACGUGCGGCGCUUGGCUACGGAAAAAGCUCCGCUGCUGGCCUCGCGGUACACAGCCCCAGUUUAACUUGAAGAAUUCAACUAGAGAAGAGCCGAUGGUGAGCGUUAGCUCAUGUUAUCUACCGAUGUCCAUUUUGCCCUGCUAUGAUGGAUGAGUGGAAGCCUAACCCACAACCCAAGCUGUGGAAGAAACGCAGCUGGUAUCUGGCCUGGAAGUACAAGUUGACAAAUCAGAGGGCGCUUCGGAGACUGUGUCAGAUGGGAGCUGUCCUCUUCUUGCUGGUAACUGUUAUUGUGAACAUAAAGCUGAUCUUGGACACUAGAAGAGCAGCCAGUGAAGAAGAAGAAUCAGCUCAGGAUUAUGAUGAAGGUUUGCAGAAGCUAGAGAUUCCUCGGCGGCCUGUCAGUAAUAGAAAAGUUCUGGACAUAGAGGUGUAUUCCAGUCGCUCCAAGGUUUAUGUUGCAGUUGAUGGGACCACGGUUUUAGAAGAUGAAGCCCGGGAACAAGGCAGAGGCAUCCAUGUCAUAGUGUUAAAUCAGGCUACAGGCCACGUGAUGGCAAAGCGGGUUUUUGACACCUAUUCUCCCCAUGAGGAUGAGGCCAUGGUCCUCUUCCUCAACAUGGUGGCCAAGGGUCGCAUCCUUAUCUUCACAAUUAAGGAUGAGGGCUCCUUCCACCUUAAAGACACAGCCAAGAGUCUUCUGAAGAGUUUAGGGAGCCAGAUUGCAGCUUCCCUCAGCUGGAGGGACAUGUGGACAUUUGUGGGGAAGAAAGGAGGUGAAGUCUAUGGUGAGAAACAUGCCAAGUCCCCAAUGCUUUCCUCAUGGGGAGAGCCAGUCUUGUUGAAAACUGAAGUCCAAUUAACCUCUGUGGAAGAUGCAGAAUGCCACUGGCCAGAUACUGAGCUGAAUCGGCGGCGGAAGCGUUUUUGCAGCAAAGUCGAAGGCUAUGGCAGUGUCUGCAGCUGUAAAGAUCCUACACCCAUAGAGUUCAAUCCUGAUCCACUCAAAGACAACAAAGUUUUUGAUGUGCCUGUUGCUGUCAUCGCAGGGAACAGACCCAACUACCUGUACAGGAUGCUACGGUCUCUGCUGUCAGCACAAGGAGUCAAUCCUCAAAUGAUAACAGUUUUUAUUGAUGGAUAUUAUGAGGAGCCAAUGGAUGUGGUUGAAUUAUUUGGCCUGAAAGGAAUCCAGCACACACCCAUCAGCAUUAAAAAUGCAAGAGUCUCUCAGCACUACAAGGCCAGUUUGACUGCAACAUUCAACUUGCAUCCGGAUGCCAAAUUUGCUGUGGUACUGGAAGAAGACUUGGACAUUUCCAUUGACUUCUUCAGUUUCCUAAGCCAGUCUGUCUAUUUGCUGGAAGAAGAUGACAGCUUGUAUUGCAUCUCUGCUUGGAAUGACCAGGGGUAUGAGCAUACUGCUGAGGACCCUUCACUGCUGUAUCGUGUAGAGACCAUGCCAGGGCUGGGCUGGGUGCUAAGAAAGACUCUGUAUAAGGAUGAAUUGGAGCCUAAGUGGCCAACACCAGAGAAGCUUUGGGACUGGGACAUGUGGAUGCGCAUGCCGGAGCAGCGGAAAGGCCGCGAAUGUCUCAUCCCGGACGUAUCGCGCUCAUAUCACUUUGGCAUUGUUGGCCUCAACAUGAAUGGUUACUUCCACGAAGCCUAUUUCAAAAAGCACAAGUUCAACACCGUCCCCAAUGUACAGCUUAAGAAUGUGGAGAGUUUAAAGAAAGACGCAUAUGAAAUUGAACUUCAUCGUCUGCUCAGUGAGGCUGAAGUCCUGGAUCACAGCAAGAAUCCUUGUGAGGAUUCCUUUGUCCCAGACACGGAAGGAAAAACCUAUGUGAUGUACAUCAAGAUGGAGCAGGAGGCAGAUUUCACUACUUGGACUCAGCUUGCCAAGUGCCUCCACAUCUGGGAUCUGGAUGUCCGAGGGAAUCACAAAGGACUAUGGCGGCUCUUUCGGAAGAAGAACCACUUCUUGGUUGUAGGAGUCCCUGCCUCUCCAUAUUCAUUCAAAAAACCUUCUUCAGUGACCCCAAUCUACAUGGAGCCCCAAGCCAAGGAUGAGGCAGCAGGAGCCAUAGCAGCAGGGGCAGAGCAAACUUGAAGCAGAACAUGGAGCGUUGACCAUAUUGCCUUCAUAGCCUGCAGGAGAGGAGGGCAGAGGAACACGUGUAGAACUCUCUGGGAUUGGUGUACUCUUUUCUCUGGAAGUUUUGAGAAUUAGGACAAGCCAAAGGGGGCUCUCCCCAUCCCCCAUCCUGAGGCUGCUGCUGAGUAUGGAUACGUUGCCUUGGAAGAACACUAGCAGGCAUCUUUAAUAUUUUUCUAAGCCGCUGAAACAAUGCAGUUGUCUCAUUUUUAAUACUGAUGCUUUACUAAUUGUGGGCCACCAUUUCCCCAAAUUGGGGUUGGGCCUAAGGGAGCUGUUUGAAAGGGAUUGAUUCCCUUUAGAAGCUCUUUCCACAUUGUUACAUGAGGAUAUAUAAUUUUUUUUUUAAUUUAUUAGUUUGCUGCAAUGGUCAGCCACCUUCUAAAGGCUGUUUUCUUGCUUUAUAUUUCUGCUAGUUUUUGAGGUGAAUAAUAAUGAUGGGAAUCUUUCCUGGAAAGCAUAUGGGGCCAUUCUUUAAACAGAUUUGCCACAGCCUGGCUAGUGACUUUACGGCCAGUGGUUCCCAUGCACACAAAGAGUUUUGUGGCCUUGGCUUCGUGAUCAAAGGAUGCAAGCUGCAAAAGGACUACAUGUAUUUACUGUGUACUGAAUGUCUUGGUCACUCAGGCUCAGAAUUCCCAAUUUCCUCUCCCAUCCUCUCCUCCCGUUGGGCAGAGAUGGCCACGCAAGGUGAUCACUUUCAAAGCUAUGGCCUCUAGGUUCCCAGUGGAUCUGCCCGGAUCCAGCUAAGGCAGUUGGUCUUGGUUGAAAUGCCUGAAAAGAUACAGGCUACGUGGUUUGGUCAUUCCCAUAAAUGCCUGCAGGAAGAGUCAAGCAGCAGUAAAGAAGAAAAGUGCCUUGAGCAAGCAUGUGCUGGCCUGGGAAGCUUUAGGGUUUGCCAGUACAUCAGGGUGCAGAAGUAGUGAACGAGUCAGACUAAAUCUUACUUCUGAGCAAGGCUGGUCUGUAGGUUCUAAAACCCAAACCCAGAAGUAGCUAGCCAUCAUAGGGUCUUUCUGCCGCUAAUUAGGACCCACACAUGCUCUCCCUCCUGUGAUGUAACCUGAGUCCUCUCCUGUUAAACGUGAGGUGCAGUUACUAUAGCAUAUUGCCCCAAAGGAAAAUCCAAAGGGGCUUGUACACCAUCAGGAAGGUUUUGAUACCAAGUCCCAAGAAAAGGCAAUUUGGGGCUAUAGAUAGAUAAAUAGAGGUGAAAGGGUGUGGGAAGAGAGGGGAAGCAGCAAUUCAGGGAUAAAGAGGGAACCAUGGUUUCCUCUUGGAUAUCCUGUGCCUUAUGGGGAAGAGGGAAGCUGUUAGGUCUAGAAUGUAGCUUUCAAUAUAUUCACACCAUAAAUAGAUUAAGGGAAAAGGAAAUGAGCAUUUCCCUCGAGGGAACAACUAGAUUCUAGUUUGAUGCCAACUUUCCUUCAUUUUGCUGAGUACCUUUUUGUGCUUUCCUCUUUUUCCUCACUGUCCUCCAAACUUGUCAGAUACCAGUAUGUGUUAAGGAGCAAAUACCUUUUUCUGUCCAUAAGGCAGCUUGAAAACUUCUUGAGUUAAGAGUAUCUUGUUUUGAUUAGUUAGCUGGUGCAUGUUUUCCUCCUUGAAACUCAGGCUUCUACCUGUUCUAGAGUCCAAGGUUUCUGUGCUUGAAUGAGACCUUCAGUAGAACUUCCAACCUAAUACUGUUCUAUAUAUGAGUUGAUGAUAUUUGCAGAGGUGACCCAUCUGCUGUGUCCAUGCAGUUGCAUUGGAAAAGUAGUGGAUAGUUUGUGUGAGGAUUUCUGCCUACAAAAAUGUGGUCCUCUUGGCCCUGUCAGUCUUAAAUAAAGAUGUUGUGCAUGAGGUGGUCUUCCAGUUGCUGGAUGAGUGUGAGCCAGUGUGGGAGUUCAGCAGUGCUGCUUUUGCUCUGCCCUGUAAUGUGGAGGGGAAAUGACUUUUUCUAAAGAAACAUGGGAGAGACAUAACUGACUAAGAUUCCUGAUCAUGAUGUUGUGUGUUUUAGAUAUGUGAAUGUGCACCACAAAAGUUUUUUUCUUCUGUGCAGAUGCACAGAAGAGCUAUUUCACGGUGUAGGAAAUAGCUCUCAUUCUGAAGCACCUAGCACUUUGCCCAUUGUGUGGGAUCAUGGUAUAGAACUUCCUUUUUGGAUUCUUGUAGUCUCCCAAAGCCUACAAGAAUAGCAAGUUUUGUUAACAGCGAGUGAUUUCUAAAUUUGGGGCUGAGAAGUCAACAGCUUGAGUUUACACCUUUUAGAAAUGUGCUGUGUUUUUGUCCCUUAUAUAUUUGGUCACUGGGACUGAUGAAAACAACCCACUUCCCUGAUUUAUAUGGUGAUUCAACCCAAAGAGCUGGGAGUAGGGAUUCCACAUCAGUAACAGAGAUCCUAAAGGCUGUUUUUUGGGGCAGGAGGGAGAAGAGAUUAAAAGAUUUGUUAGCAAGCAUAUAUUAAUGCAUGUCUUCCUCCCCUUCCAUUCGUAGAAGUAAAGUUAAUUUCAGAUUUAAUAUUAGGGUCUUCAGAACUCUUGAUAGGAGAAAGAUGGAGUAGACCUCAUUUGGGGGAAGACAAAUUCAGGAACAGGCUUCUGACCAGUGCUAAUCCUUGAUGUGUUGUGUUCUCCCUGCCUUCAGCUCUGGUGUGCCUCGUCCUUGAUGGAGAAGAGCACGUGCCACUUCCCUCUAUUGAAUGUUUAUAGCAGAAAGGCCAUUCCUGCAAACCCUUCUCACUUUAUAUAAUACUUUCAUUGGAGUGGUGGAGGCCCCCUACUCUUUCUGAACUGCAUUUUCUGUACAGCGAUGCAAGGUUAUUAAGAGAGAACCAUGGUCCAACUUUUGCCCUGUCUGGCCAAGUGUAGAACACCUGACGGUGAUUGACAGUGAUGACAUUAGAAAUGCCAUGGAAAUGGCAUCUCAUUUCAGGACGAUUACUUUGAUGCAAAAUUUGUGAGAACUUUAUUAAAUGAUUUGGAGGGUUGGUAUAUUUGGGAGGGGGUCAAUAAAUGCUAGAGAUGAUGAUUCUUCCCAUCGAGAAGGCCAAUUCAGCCUUGAAGGUAAAGGCAGAAGUCUAGAGCUCCCUAAAUGCCUUGCCUUUCGUAUAUCAAAAGGCCGUUGGAGUCAUUAGACCUAGAAGCUACUUGCACUGAAGAAAAUUACUUGCCCCUAUUGAGUAAUGUAUAGCCAAGAAGGAACAAUUGAUGGAAGAGGAAGGAAAUGGCAGGAAGAUGUUUAUAUUCCAUGUGAGUCUACAAGGCAACAAUUAUUAACUCCUUAAAACAGCUGAGGUGUGUGUGGAGGGAGUGAAAUAACCAAAUGGCUGUUCUUCUCAGAUUUUGUUUAAAUCUGAACUGUCUCAAAACACCUAGAAAUUUUCAGACAUACAUAAAACAAUGGGAUAUAUUCAGAUAUUGCUGGACUGGUUAUCAUUUUGUAUGAGAUCUUGUUGCCUAAACUGCCCAACGGAGUGCAGGUCCAAUCUUCCCUCGUUCUGGAUACUGUUAUGCUUGGCUCCAUACUUGCAGUAUAAUGGUCCUCCAAAUAGAUUCCAUCUUGGCUAGACUUAUUCUUGCCACCAUUUUUUGUUGUUGUUGCUAUUCUUCUCUCUCUUUCUCUCUUUCCCCUUUCUUUCUUUUUUUGGGGAUGGUGUUCACCUUAAGCAAAGAUGUACUUUUGUGGCCUGAGUAGUCCUGGUUUGCAGGCAGGAAUCUCUUCUUGCAUGCAGUCAGGGAGGGAAGAAAGGUUGCGUGAAGUUGGGCUGGCUGCUUUUUGGAAUCUAGUGUGCCUGUGUUUUCCAGAAAUAAAGAUGGCAGAAUUUGUUGCAUCUCCUUUCCUUUACAUCUCUAUGCAUGGUGAUGUCUUUUCUGCAAAUAAAGGCUAUCCUUCUUUA